CUUGUGCUGCUCGGUAUCGGGCUGCUUUCUGUUUACGUGGUGAACCUGGUAUAUAUCUUCAUCCGAAGACAACAGAGUCACGACAAACGCCUUCCGCGGAUAAUAACCAUGAUCGAACCAGUGUCCCCUCUGGGUGCCCUGCUCCCCAGGUCCCGGUUUCACCGAGGGAUCGGCUUCCCAUGGUGGGAAAGGACCUCGCUGUACAAGGAUGCAAAUUUGAAGACGAUCGCUGUGAUACCUCUCUUCUAUGGCCAGGAUAUGCUUUAUUCCUCGAACAUUUCAGUUUUUCAUCAGUGUCUAGCAUUAAACACGCCUUUCGGCAAGCCCGAUAUGCGAAUACUAGAGUUCAUGGGCGAUAAUGUGAUCACAACCUCAGGUGAAGCGUGGAAGAGACACAGGCGCAUUACUGGACCGGUUUUCAAUCACACCACGUAUCGGACAGUAUGGGAAACGACUGCAAGCGUGUAUGAUGACAUGUUGAACCAAGAAGGCUGGAAACAUGUAGAUGAGACUCCUGUCGCAGAUUUUAAUCAAAUUACUCACAAGCUCGCACUUUUUCUCAUUGCGACUGUGGGAUUCAAUAUACCCAUGUCUUGGUACGAGCCUCCGCGUAACGAGGAGGGACGUCUCUUCAUACAGUCCAUGGUCUUUGAAGUCGCAUCAAAUAUCCUGCUUCGUAGUCAACUUCCCAAAUGGUCGUAUUCUCUGGGGUUCAAAAGGCUUAGGGACAUUGACGAGGCUUAUACUACGUUCGAGCACUUCAUGCGUGAGCGUAUCUUGGAACGUGAAACCGAGCUAAAGGAAAUACGCAUGAUGGGAGGAAGUUCCGAUGCAGAUAUUGCGGAUGGCAUCAAAGACAUUUUCGGACGACUCGUAAAUGCACGCCUUGCUGAUGGAAAAUAUGCUUUAACCGAUGAGGAGAUUAUCGGGAAUUGCUUCGUUUUCACAUUUGCGGGGCAUGAGACAACUGCAAACACGCUCGUCAUGGCACUAUCUCUCCUUGCUUUGCAUCCUGGCAAGCAGGAUUGGCUUUACAACUCAAUCAAAGCCGCUAUUGGUGAUAAGAAACCAACGUUUGAUGACUAUGAUACACUGGGUGCUGUGCUCGGAUGCUUCUACGAAGCACUUCGGAUGUAUCCGGCGGUAUACCUGAUGGGAAGGGUUGCAUCAUGCGAUUGUGCACUUUCUCUGCCCCGUAAGGAUAACCCAAAUGUCGUGGAACAAAUAUUUGUCAAGAAAGGAACUUCGGUAGUUCUGGAUUUAGUGGGAAUGCUGUAUGACCCUCAGACCUUUCCAGACCCAGAAGAGUUCAAGCCAGAACGAUGGGUCAAAUCCGGGAAAUUCACACCCGUGUCCUCGAUUACGAAGGAUAGAGAUGCCGGCGAGGUAUCCGGAUCUGCACCCACAAGCUCACUCGACGGUUUCGUUGGAUUCUCCUUUGGUCCGCGCACCUGCCUCGGACACAAAUUCGCGAAGGUCGAGGGAGUAGCGUUCCUCACGUUAUUACUCCGUGAGUGGCGUGUCGAGCCUGUUUUGAGGGACGGCGAAACGAAAGAGAUGUGGAAGGAAAGGAUAAUGACCCCUAGAUUGGGGAUGACAAUGACUGUUGGCGAGAUACCGCUGAAGCUCGUUAGGAGGAAGUAAUGUUUGCUAUAUAUUUGUCGUGAUUUCUGAUUGUGUAUCUAUGAAAGUUUCUUACUGCAAAUCUAGGCAUAGA